UUUUUUUUUUUUUUUGCCUUUCCUUAUUUCUCCUCGUCUGAAAUUUUGGGGCGGCGCUGGCUAAAGUGAGCGACGGGUGCGUAGGAUUAGAAAUAGAACAAGGUGGUACUCGUGGUGGAAGACUGAUCGAGGGCGUACACGUGGACGGUGUUAUGGGUACGGAGGUGGUGAUAGAGAGGUGGGGCACAUGGGAGGAAUUGUUGUUGGGUGGGGCCGUACUCCGACACGGUACCCGAGACUGGGAUUUGAUCGCCGCCGAGCUUCGGGCCCGAACCAUUUGUCCGUACACUUUUACACCCGAGCAUUCCAAUUACAGGUAUGCAAAGCCAAAUAUGAUGACUUGCAGCAGCGUUUUUCUGGAUCCACAGCUUUGUUUGAAGAGCUACGGAAGCAGCGAAUGGCAGAGUUAAGGCAAGCUUUAGAAAUUUCUGAAGACUCAAUUGGAUCUUUGGAAUCGAAGCUUGAGGUUCUCAAGGCUGAGAGAAGAAAUGACAGCAAUGUUGGUUAUGGUUCCAGUCAGACUGAAUCACUUGUGCCAUUUCAGAAAUCUGAUAGAGUUGGAUCUCCCAUUAAAGAGACAUCAAAAGAUGGACUAUCGGCUGGGAGUUUCACUCAGGAAACCAGCACAAGUUGGUCACCUGUAUGUCAGGUUCCGGCUUCUGUGUCAGUUGAAGAUACUGAGGCUAAGCCUGAAGUUUCAGUUUCUCUUAAGCAAGCGCAAAUGUCAAGCUUUGGAAAUCUAGCAGGGAACAUUUCUAUGGUGCAGGGAGGGAGUAUCAGGAGACGGAGAGGGAAGAGAAAGAGGAAAGACCUCAGUAAGGAUGUGAAAGAAGGGAGUGUUGGAGAAAGCGAUUUUUGGGGAUCAACUGAUGUUUUAUCUGCUACACGAAAUAAAGAGAAUUCAACAAGCAGUUCUGGUCAAACUGGCAGAUGUUUUGGCACUGAAGAUAAAAAUAAAGGUUCAAUUAAGGAUGGGAUCACUGAUCUCAUGGGAAUUUUUGAUUCUAUUGCUGAGAAUAAAUGUGCUACUGUCUUUCGUCGAAGGCUUGAUAGCCAGAAGAGAGGAAGAUACAAGAAAAUGAUAUUGCAGCAUAUGGAUUUUGAUACAUUAAGAUCAAGAAUUGCCAGUUGCACUAUUACCUCAGUUAAAGAAGUCUUCAGAGAUCUGUUGCUACUUGCUAACAAUGCCCUAGUCUUUUAUUCCAGAACUACUCGUGAAUAUAAAUCUGCAUUACUACUCAGAGAGAUUGUCACGAAAAGUUUGCAGCAGCAUUUAAAGGACUAUAUCAGCAAGACUACUAUUACCCUUCUUUCGUCCACACCACAAAUGCUUCAUCCUCCUGUGAAACCGCGAAGUGCCCGGCCUGUUAAUCGCAAAUUAUCAGGAAAGGUUCCAAAAGAUGGAAAUGAUGCUGCAAAAACUCCAAAUAUUGCUAAAAAACCAAGUAAUGUUCAUUCUCCUCCUUCAGCAGAGUCCUUAACCGUGAAAAAGAAAGGAUCUGGCCGGCCUAGAAAAGCUGGCCAUGGAAAUGGUACUCAACAACCUGAAAAUCCACCAAGAGGAAGAAAGAGAACUCGGGCCAGGUGACGACUGCUGUACAUUGUUUUUGUUCUUCUGUUAAAGUUUUGAAACUCAGUUUUAGUCCUAGGUUCUCAAUUUAGCAUAUGUAUUCUAGGAUGUUUAAAUGUAAAAAUUGUCCGUUUCUAAUGAAACCAACUGCUGUAUGAUAUAAUUGUAACACUCAAAACACAACAAUUAGAGAGAAACAACAUUUCACCUUAUUUUA